CUUUCAUUUAUUUGUCGCAAUUUUGUUCCUUUUAACCCGAUGCGGGAAUUUAAAACAUUCUAUUUGUAUUUCAAACCCACUCUUAAAAUUUAGUAUAAGUAAUAAUAAUGAAUAUGAAACAACAAUAACCUGCACUUCAGCAUCAACUAAUGUCGCCAUGCAUUGGUGAACUUAGAGAGAAAGACCGUGACGAAUGCGGAAGUGUUUAUGUUGUGUGUGUGUGGUUUAGCUGCUAAUACAGUGGCGUGCAGUCUAAUAAAAUGACCGAGUCCAAAGCUAAGAAUAUCAGCGCCAUUCCAAUCGAUGGAUUCAGCAAUGUUCGCAUCACAUCAUUAUGGAGCUUUCUACAGUCUGUUGACUGGUCUGAAUCCUGGCUGAUGGGUCUGCUAGCCUUUCAUGUCUUGUGUUUUGCUUUCACCAUUCUGUCCUGCAAAUGCUACCGUCUACAGAUCUGUCAUUUUCUCUUGAUGGUUGCAAUGGUUUACAGUGCAGAAUACCUGAACGAGCUGGCAGCAAUGAAUUGGAGGUCUUUUUCAAAGUUCCAAUACUUUGAUUCGAAAGGAAUGUUCAUAUCACUAGUAUACUCAGUCCCGCUCAUGCUCAACACUGUUAUUAUUGUGGCUGUGUGGGUGUGGAGGACCUUCUCAACCAUGACAGAAUUGAAGAUACUGCAGUUAAAAAGAAAAGCAGCCAGAGAGAACAAGAAAAUGCAAUAGAAGACGUGAACCGGAUGUGCUCCAUUUCAUAAUGUGCAGUGGUGGAGGGCAGAUAUAGUUAAAGAAAAGACUGUUUAGCAUGGGGUGAUCAUUAGAAAAUGUGGUGUGAAGGUUCUUAAGUGUUAUUUCAGAUUGCUGAUAGACGAUUACUCCAACUGCUAGCAGAUACUCCAUGGAACAUGUGAUUUGAUCAAAUCACAAUUUUAUCGAAUCUGUUGGAAAAAGCCAUCAACUGUAUUAUGCAACUGCUUUGUGUACAUAUUGACCAUUCCAGAGCUCAAUAUUGCUUAUUUGUCUGUUGUUAACAUUGAAUGGAUAAAACCCUGUUUUUGAGUGUCGAACAUGUAAAUUGUGUAUUUAUGCCAAAAAAUUGAAUGUUGUUUUUUUA